GUGAACUCGAGAACUCUUAAUUUAGCGCCAAAUUCGACAACAGAAUGACAGAUAUUUCCAAAUACGAUGCAGCUUCUCUACCAGAUUUACUUCCUAUGUACUACAAAAAGUUGUUUCCAUAUGGUUUAUACUACCGAUGGUUAAACUAUGGAGGAGAUGACGUGUAUAUAAGAUACCAGUCCUUUUCUGAUCAGCAAGAAAUGGAGAAGGAAAUUCAGAAGAGAUGUCCAUAUAAAAUUGAUAUAGGUGCUGUGUUUUCACAUAAGUCCCUGUUGUUUUAUUUCCUGUUUAGAGGAGCAGAUAUUUGUGACAAGUGUUGGCCCUUGAUGCAGAUUGCAGUAAAAAUCUUGGACCGAGCUUUAGAAGAGGAUUUUGGAUUUGAGCACCGACUGUGGGUUUAUUCUGGUAGACGUGGAGUCCAUUGCUGGGUGUGUGAUGAAACGGCACGGAAACUUUCCCAGAACGGCAGGACAGCCGUAGCAGAGUACCUUAGUCUGGUCAAAGGAGGGGAGCAUCAGAAUAAAAAGGUCAUUCUGGAUACCCCAACUCUCCAUCCCUUUAUAAGUCAUUCCUUAGAAAUUGUCAAGGCCAGAUUUGAGGAUUAUGCUGUAAAGAAGCAAGAGUUUUUGGGAGACGAGGAAAGACGGAAAAAAGUCUUAUCACUAAUAACAGAAGAAAAAUUAAGAUCUCCAUUGGAAGAAAAUUUUGAAAAAGAAUUUGGAGAUGCAGUUUCCAAGACAGCAUGGGAUGUAAUGAAAACAUAUGUAAAAAGCAAGAGUAAUUUAAAAGGCUCAAAGUAUGUCCUGGAGGAGAUAAUGUUACAGUACUGUUACCCUCGACUGGACGUUAACGUCAGUAAAGGAGUCAACCAUUUACUGAAGAGUCCCUUCUGUGUUCACCCAAAAACUGGCAGAGUGUGUGUUCCCUUUGAUCCUAAGAAAGUUGAUGACUUUGACCCCAUGAGUGUCCCCCUGAUAAGUGAUAUUUUAGAAGAAUUAAAUUCCACAGAGAAGGAAGACUCGAACAAGAGAACGAAAGAUUUCAACAGAACCUCAUUGAAAGAAUGCAUCCAGGUCUUUGAGAAGUUUGUGAAAAAGCUUGAGGAAACUUGGAAGGGAAAGGGAAAGCUCAUAGAACAGAGUGAUAUGACUAUGGAGUUCUAGGACUACAUUGGUGAUUGAUGGACUUGUAUUUAUUUAAUUAACAUCAAGGACAGAAAAUCUUAUAUACAAUUUUCAGUAUAUAAUAAGGCCUAUGAGUUGACUCUUUACUUUAUAUUCAGAAAUAUGUCAUAUCAGUCAUGUCAGUAGGUGCAAAGUUAUACAUUUUGUCACAAAAAACUGUGGCGUUUCUAUAGUAAAUGACCAAAUAUAAUGCUCAAUAAAUAUUUUUAAAGACAGAAA